AUGGCGGCGGCGGCGGCGGCGGCGGCCCGCGGGGCUCGGGCCGGGCGGGACGGGGGACGGCCUGGCGGCUCCUACAUCGCUUCGCGGCCGAGGCGGCGGCGGCGCGGCGCCGCCCGCCGGGCCGGCGGGGUCUGGUCGGGCGAGGAGCGCCAGGCCCCGGGCGGCGCGCAGCCAGGCCUCCGCCGCCGGCCCGGGGGCCGCCCGAUUCCCCGCCCGCAGGCGGUCCCCGGGCCUCGCGAUGCGCGGCCGCCCAGGGCCCUGCUGUCCCCUCGGACCUCGGCGUGCUUUCGCUCAGCGAUCGCCUGCUCGACAGCUCAGAGAUGGCACCUUCAGAGCGGCUGUGAUGGUGGCCGCGUCCAGGGGGCCGAGGUGGUGCAGGGCACUGGGAAAAUCACGGAAGCAGAGGAGAAGGGCCCAACUCCAGCGCUGGGAAGUCGUGGGGAUGAGCAGAGGCCCGAGAGGGGACAGGUCCCUGGAGACGGGCCCUUUGUUACGUCCCAGGCCAGGCCUGGGCAUUGCCAGAUCUAUAGCUUUGAUGUAAAUGAAAUCUACAAACUGCAAAAUACCAUCAAGGAAUUUGAACAGAAUCUAAAUAAGGAAAUUGAUGACCAUCAACUUGAAAUAGCAGUGUUGCAGGAUGUUCAUCAACAGAAACUGGCAGAAAUAAGUCGCAGGCAUCAAAAACAAUUAAAGGACUAUGAGGGAAUGAUUCAUGAUAUGCAAAAAGCUAUUGAAGUCCCAGCAGCUGAAAAAAUAGAGUCCACCAAAAAAAUCAAAGGACUUGAGAUUAGAGUAAAAUAUCUUAAAAAAAAAUUAUCUUCUGUAGAAAAGGAAAGGAAUGCUUUAAUUAGAGAGCAAGACCAGAUAAAUGAAAUGAAUGAAAGAACUGAAGAAGGUGAGUUGCAACCUUCUAUUAGGAAGUGGAGUGAUGCUGUGACAGAAAAAGAAAAAGUUCUUCCACAGAGUACAUCACUGGAAGAAGUGUCCAGAUAGCAACAGCCACUGUCUGAUGCUGAAAAUGAAAUAAUGAGAUUGAGUAGCUUAAAGCAGGAAGAACUUCAACUAUCACUUGUCAAAUUGAGCAAUGAACAUGAACUCAUUAAAAGAACAGCUACAGGAGACAUGAAUUCGGAUUCAGAAGUACAUCAUUUAAGAUGUGACUGGGAAAUCAAAGAAGGAAAACUCAGUGAGAGUACUACUUAAAAGAAAUUACUGAUUCCUGAGUUAGGAGAGUUGCACAGGCUAAAACAAAAGACUACAAUGCACGUGGUUUUGAUGAAAGAUCAGCAAACAGAACCACAAAAUGAAGGAGACAGCAUCAUCGGUAAAGUAAAACAAGAUCUAGAAUAUGAGAAAAAGAGAGUUCGUCAACCUGAAGAUGAUAAAAUGAACAUUACUAAAGAGUUAGAUGGGCAAAAAGAAAAGUUAAUUCAUUUAAAAAUGGAAAAAGGACAGUUAGAAGCAGAAUUUUGUCAGGAUGAACAGAGACUGUUGGAAGAAAGGAAGUAUGAGCAAGCUUUUAAAGAACUGUCAAAUACUGAUAACCCAGACAGCUGUGCCUUACAGCUGGAGCAUGAGUGUUUAAUUAAACUCGGUCAAGAGAAAGACUGUGAAAUAUCAGAACUCAAAAAGAAUAUUGAGCAGAUGAUUGCUGGGCACAAAGAAACUAAGGAAGUUUUGUCAUCUAGUUUAGAAGAGCAGAAGCAAUUGAAGCAACUCAUAAGAGAGAAAGAAAUUUUUAUUGAAAAACUUCAAGGAAGUUCACAGCUUCGGGAGGAGUUAGAUCAAUAUACUCAAGCCUUAAGAAAAAUGGAAAUUUUACAGCAAACCAUAGAGGAAAAAUAUACAAGUCUUGCAUCCAUGAAAGAAGAAAAUAGUCACCUGAAAGAAGAAUUGGAAUGACUGAGGGAAGAACACAGCCAAACCGCACCUAUGAUUGACCCUAAAACUCCAGACACUGUUACAGAACUAGAAUCUGAGGUAUCUCAACAGAGCACAGUUGAAGAUAAUCUUGAGAUUAAACCUCAUCAAAAGAUAAUUGAAGAUCAAAACCGGAGUAAAAUGCAACUACUUCAAUCUUUACAAGAGCAGAAACGGAAAAAUCCCAAAUACCAACACGAGCAAAUGAAUAUUAAACACAAUCAGCUCUUUUUGGCCAAAGGGGAGGAAAUGGAGAAUUUGCAAAAUGCAAUAGAACAAAUCAAAACCCAGCCGCUGGAAAAAUCCCAGCACACGCCAACAGAACAUUCUGAUACUUUUCAAGUAACAGAAGUUCAGAGUCUUAAUAUAGAAAAUGGAAAUGAAAAGCAUGACUUAUCUAAAGCCGAAACUGAAAGAUCAGUACAAGGAAUAAAAGAACAAAAAUUGGAGAUUAAACUUCUAACUGAAAAGAAGGUUACCCUUUUAACUGAACAGGUUGAUCAGCUGUCCAAAGGUGAGAUUGGUAAACUAACUCAGUUUAUCCAGCAAAAAGAUUUGUGUCCUCACAUGAAAGUAUCUUCAGCUUCCUCCAGUGACCAAGAUAAUGGACAGAGUCCACAGCAAUUGCGAGCCUAUGCUUUGGAAAGAGAACAAAUAUUAGCUGUUUUAGAUGAGAAGACUAGGGAAAACAGCAAUCUUAAAAGAGAAAACUUGAGAAUGAUGGAUAUAAUUGUUGCCAAAGAAGCAGACCUCGUGAAACUCAAAGAUGCAAAUACAAAACUCUCCACCAGAUUUGAAAGCAGUGGUCAGGAUAUGUUUAGAGAAACGAUCCAGAAUUUAUCCCACAUCAUUUGAGAAAAAGAUAUUGAAGUUGAUGCUUUAACUCAGAAGUGUCAGACUUUACUGGCAAUACUGCAAACGUCCAGCAAUGGUGAUGAAGCGAGAGGUGUUAAUAUGGAUCAGUUUGAGGAGCUUCUACAGGAACGUGAUAAACUAAAACAGCAAGUUAAGAUAAUGGAAGAGUGGAAAGAGCACGUGAUGGCCACUGUACAACAUAUGCAGUGUGGGUCACCCCAUCUUCAGAAAGAGCUUCAACAACUUCAGGCACGGGUUUUAGUUGACAAUGAUAAUAAUUCUAAACUACAGAUGAACUAUACUGACCAUCAAACUUAUGAUGGGAAUGAAAUCAAAGUCAAAAACUUGGAGAAGCAAGGAGCGCAAAUUCAGUUUAGCCUAGAGCAGCUUUGCAAUACCAAAGAUAUUCUGUUAGGGAUGUUUGACCUUAUUUUACUACAGUCCUCCAAUGAAUCACUUACAUCCGAGUCAGCAGACUCUCUGAAGGCAAUGAAACCUGAUGGAUUGAGUGAAUCUUCUAAAUUGCUCAAAGAAGAGAAAGAAGAGUUAAGAAAAUUAAUGGAGGAAAAAGAUGCAUCCAUUAGAACACUCCAGGAAGAUAAUCAGAGAUUGUCUGAUUCCAUUGCAGACAGUUCAGAACUAGAAAGAAAACGACGUGAACAAAUGGAUUCAGAAAUGAAGCAGCUACGGGAGAAACAAGAUGACUUGCAAAACUUACUUAAGGAAAAAGAGCUUUUAAUCAAAGCAAAAAGUGAUGAAUUACUUUCUUUAAGUGAAAAUUUCACUAAUGUAGUGAGUGAAAAUGAUCUUUUGAGGCAGGGAGUAAUCAACCUGAAGGAGAGAGUCGUCAACUUUGAACUGGAUAUGUGUAAACUAAAAGAGGAAAAUGAAAAAUUAGUAGAAACAUCUAGGGAAGAGGAAACAAAUCAAGAGACAAAGAUGUGGUUUUCUAUGAUGCAGAGAGAGAAAGAAUUGGAAUAUGUUGCAAUGAAGGAGAAGGCGCUUGCUUUUGAGCAUCUUUUGAAAGAAACAGAACUCGGCAAGACAGGGGAAUUAAGUCUUUUAAAUGCAGUUACAUCAAUGCAAGAAAAGACUAUUAUGUUUCAACAGGCCAGAAAUGAGACCAUGUUGGCAUUGAAACAGAAACAAAUAGAAAACUGUGCCCUCCAGAGUGAGGUUCAACAUUUACACGACAAAGAACUACACUUAAAGCAGGAGCCAGAGAGAUCGCGUAAGCACGCAGUAGAAUCAGAAGUGUAGUGAGUGUCUCAUAACCGCGAAGCUUUGGCUGCAGAAGACAGAGCAGCUAAACUAAGAAUGAAAGUCACUGCAUUGGAGGAAAAGCUCCUUCUAUCUUCCAAUGCGAGGGAAAAUGCGAAUCAGCAAGCCAGUUUGCAGAUAGAGUCGUUGAAGGAACAACUGAAUGUUGUCACAAAGCAGAGAGAUGACAUUUGGCUACAGCUUUCUGUUUCCCAAGAACAAGAAAAGUAGUAUGCACAAGCGCUAGCUAACAUGAGGAUGGUAGUCGCAGAAUGGAUGGAAAUAGUUGCAGAUAAUCUAGAAGGAAAACUAAUAUCGGCACAAGGACAUCAGGAGAAAGUGAAUGCUGCCUUGACUCUGAAGGAAGAACAAAUUAAAGAUUUGAAAAAACAAAAUGAGGUCCAACAGGAAGUGCUGGAUGAUGUACAGAAGAAAUUGAUGAACUUACUAAGUAACACAGAAGGAAAAGUUGACAAGAGCCUCAUGAGGAACCUCUUCUUGGGGUAUUUUCAAACACCAAAACAACAACGUCAUGAAGUGCUACAGAUAAUGGGCAACAUUCUGGGUAUUAGAAAGGAAGAAAUAGAUCUGGUUUUUAAUGAAGAGCAAGGCGGUGGUACCAGAUGGAUGACUGGCUGGCUUGGAUCAAAAAGUGUCCCCAACACACCUCUGAGACCAAAUCAGCAAUCGAGGCCGAAGAAUUCUUGUUCAGAACUCUUUGUUAAAUUUCUAGAAACAGAAUCUCAUCUCACACUUCCGCCCCUAAAACCCUCUGCUCGUGAUCCAAAACCUCUGGAUUCACUGGGAAAGAAAAAACUAGCUAAAAAUUUACCACCAUCAAGUCUUAAAACUACCUCGGGAUCCACACCCAAAACACCAGAUGUGAAUCAGCGUUCUGCAGCUGUCUCUCUGAUUAACCCACCCAGACCUGAAACGGAUGGAUCUGAGCAUCUUCUUUUAAAUGCUGUUACUGAUGUUUUGCCCACAUAUACACCUUUGCUGCUGUCACCUGGCAAGAGGGCUGGAGUUGUGCUGAAAGACCUUUCAAAGCCAUAG